AUGUGAAUAUAUGGGUAAUAUAUACGAUGCUAUAUCUCGAGGUAGGCAUUUGAUACUUAUGGCUAGGUUUGCGACGCCCUACCACCCCCUCACGAAUAACAUUAGCCGCAUAUUAAGAUCAUUCGAUAUGUCAAUGAAUCUCCAAUUCGAGAUCCGUCAACAUCGCCGAUUCAUGUCCGGGGCCGUCAUUCUUGGAGCUCCAAUCUCGUCCCCGCAUUUGUGGUUCCACCACUCCGGCGCGGGGUCUAAUAUAUCGGACAUCUAUCCCACUUCAAAGACGGGCUAACAAGUUCUGCAACUCAUUUCGUAUCUUAUAGUUGGUAGAAGAUAUAUCCGAUCAAGAUGCUCGUCAACGAAAGUCACGUCGAUGUCCAAACGAAUGUGGAUGGGAAGGAGACGUCUAUGAGAAUUUUCGCCUUCCAUCCCACCAUCUCGCAAUAUCCAAACGCUCGAUUCCCUGGCAUCGUUCUAUUCAGUGAGAUCUAUCAAGUAACCGGUCCAGUUGCGCGAUUCGCGCGCCAAAUCGCAGGGCAUGGCUACAUAGUCGCAGCUCCUUCGUCAUACCAUGACUUCAUUGGGCCAGAAGCGUUACCAUACGAUGUCCCGGGUACCGACAAGGGAAACGAGUUGAAGAUAACGAAGACUCUCCAAUCGUACGAUGCGGACUCUCGCAAGGCCGUCGAUUACCUUCUUAGCCUCCCGACGUGUAAUGGUCGGAUAGGCACUACUGGAAUGUGUUUGGGGGGUCAUCUUGCUCUACGAGCCACUUUGGACCCGCGGAUAAGUGCGGGUGUAUCCUACUUCGCGACAGACGUCCACUCCCGCACGCUGGGCCCGUAUACUGCCGCCGACACCUCGGUACAGGGUCCGGAGAAUAGCACCCACACGAUCGAUAGGCUCGGGGAAAUUAAGGGCGAGGUGGCUAUGAUUUUCGGCAUCAAGGAUACGCACGUCCCAGAUGAGGGCCGCGAUCUGAUCAGGCAGAAGUUGAGAAGCUCGGGGACUGCGUUUAGCUUCUACGAGUUCGCUUGGGCGCAGCAUGCGUUCAUUCGUGACGAGUUGAGUAAGGGACGGUAUGAUCCGGCUAUCACGAAGAUCUGCUUCGAGGUGUUGGUCGAGUUGUUCAAUCGUGUCCUGAAGACGGAUCUAGGGCCGAAGGAUGCUACGCCUGAGAAGGUUGAGCACUUUUGUUAAUUACCUACAUACCUAGGUAGGUUAUUGAAACCCUAUAGAGCGACGCAGAACUUCGAUGAGAAACAUUUAUUGGUGUUGUUGACAUCAACACUUGCCUCUCUGACAUAUCUCCAUCAACGGGCUCGAGGGAUUUGAAAUAGAAAGGCCUCAUAGGUGUAGAUAUAUAAAUAAAAACAAGGGAUUAUAGCAUCGGCAGAUUAGGUGUUGGCUCGAAAAUUGUCUGCAUCGUAAUCGAAUGUGAGACAUGCAGCCGCCCAUAAACGUUUCCGGUCUGUUUUGUAGAUACUUGGGUACAUAUCAAAUAUACGCCAUCGAAAUAUUCCUCUCUUUCGAAUUAGCGAGAUACAAAAGGAAUAAUUGGUCACAUUGAAG